AUGAGUUUGUCUCUAUUUAAACAAAGGCAAAAUCAAAGGACUCAAAAACUCGUGAAAGAGCUGAUAAUCCAUGAAACUGGAGUUGCAGUAAAAGCUAUCUAGGAAAAUUCAAAUAAUUACAAAAUUGCGCAUGAUUUCAUUAUAAGUAAUAUUACAAGACACACUUAUUUAGACACAGAUUCUCAUAAAGUUAGAAGACACUGUCAGGGGUAUUUUUAAUUUAGGAUUCUUGAAAAAAUCAGGGUGCAUUCACAAAUAGAGAAGGCUGAGAGACUAGAAAAGCUAAUUUCAAGCUACCUUGGGAAAAACCCAAGCGAAAUGCAGUACUCAAUCAUUUCCCUCCUUUGUUUAUUAUCAAGAAAUCCUUUGGAAUCAGACAUAUUAAGCAUUUCUCCAAUUUCAUUGCAUCUUGAUGAGUUCGCUUCAAAAACGGGUCAGGCUGAUAUAGAGUUUAAUGAAGAGGAGUUAAAACAAUUAUAUGAUGGAUGGGGCGAGUUUGGAAAUGAAAGCAGCGAAGAAAGCUAUGAUGAACUCAAUGAUGAACUUGAUGACGUAGAAGCUGAAGAAAAAUCAAUAGAGAAGGAGAAUGAAGAAAAUAGAGACAAGACCCAAAGUUAUCUGAUUAAUUAUGAUGCUCCUAUGCCAGAAGAAUUUGACGAAGAAAUGUCAGAGCCUUUACCUGAACCUGUUGCAUAUGAAAGAAGUUGGGUUGAUCCUUGCUCUCUUUCAAAGGAUUUUUAUGAAAGUCUUGUAGAAAGAGAAAAAAAAGAAUCUGGAGAAAAUUGUGUGCUGAAUUGAAAUUAUGAAACUGUAUCAGAAAGACUUAUAAUUGAUGAAAUAUUACUUAUGCUGUUUGGAGUCAAUACAAGCCUAUUUCACUGCGAUCAAAAUGGAUUUAGACUUGUCAAAAGAAUUCAAGUUGUUCAUUUGACUCCAUCUUGCUUGAUGAAUUUUUUAGAAUUUUUUGUCGAGCUAGGCACUUUGCUGAGUAGGAUUGACUAUUUUUCAGAAAAAUUAAAAACUGAUGAUUGUAUGACUUAUCAGUACUUUGCUGAUGGCUGUAAAGAGUUUUUAUAUCAAACAAGGAGCGAGCUCGUGUCAAUAAAAGAAGAGUUCGUAGUUCAAGCUGGAGAUGUCACCAGGGAAUCAAUAAGUAGGAUUCCUUACAAUACCAUCACACUAAUUUCGUUGAAACAUAGGCUGUAUCCAAUCUUAGACUUAUGCAAAUUGAUUCUUUCUAUUUUCUAUAAAGCUGUUUUGAAUUUACCCUCUCUCCAAGGUGAAACUCAAGCAAAAACUGAAUUUUCUCUUUCUUAUAAAGCUAGCUAUUUGCUAUCAUAUCUUUAUAUAUUGAUACAAGAAAAUCAUGAAAUCACAGAUCAUCAAGGAAUGUGCCUUGUAGUAAACCUCUUCAUAAAAUCAGUCCAACCAUAUAUAAAAUUUUUCUGCAUAUGGAUGUCUACUGGAUCUUUAAAUAAUGUCAGCCAAGAAUUCAUGGUUUACCAAAAAUCAAAAAAGGUUAUGGGAAAUUUUGAAGCCUGAAACAAUGCUUUUGACAUAAAUAUGCAAGAAAUUGAUGGAAGAUAUGUAAGGUGUGUUCCAGAUUUUCUGAAAGAAAUACAUGUCGAAAUAUUGACUGCUGGGAAAAAUAUGAUGAUAAUUAAGCAAAUUGAAGAGAUUUUAUUAGAUAAGCUAUUAGAGCCCUAUAUUGGGCUAUUAAAAGAUUUGGAAUCUAAGGUUACAAACAAUCUAUAUGAAAAGACAGCACACUGCUUAUCAAAAGUUCCUAAAGUAGCCCAGUACAAUAUAAAAACAGUUUCUUGGCGGCCUAAGUCUUCCCAAUUUUACGAAAUUGGCUCCGAAAGCCCAGAGAAUCUUUUUAGCAUAUACGAAUCUCAGCCUCCACCCCAUAUUUUUUCCCCAAUUACAUGCAAUCUUCCAUCCUAUGAGAUUUCUAUCUCAGAAAAAGAAAUUUUCCCUUUGAGGCCUAUAAAUCAUUGAAUUUCGUUCCAUGAUGUCAUAAAAUCAAGCUUCAUUGACACUGCACAUUUAAUAUAUGAAGAAUCAGCUAAAAAUCUAUUAGAUUUGCUAAAAGAGCAUUUUGAUCUUGAUAAACAUCUUGAAGUUCUGCGAGGUGUUUUACUUAUGGAAAACGGUGAAUGCAUGUACCCAUUUGUUAAAUUUUUGAAUAAAAAAGCUGACAAUCAAGAGCCGUUUGAUAAUGCUUAUGAAAUUACAAGCAUGUUCGGAGAAUGCUUAAAAGAAAUCAAAUGAAAAGGUGCUCAAAAUAUAUUUUCUUGUGAAAUUGAAGGUGAUAAAAAGCCUCCUUCGUCUUUAGAAGUUUUCACACACCUGAGGCUGAAUUUUAUUCCGCAUCCAACAUUAGACAUCAUUUUCGAUCCAGAUACUUUGCAAUGCUAUAAUAAGCUGUUCCACAGACUUCUCCAAAUUAAGCGUGCAGCCCAUUGUGCAAAAAAUUUAAAAUGGCGAAUAAAAAACAACCCGAAAAUCGAAAAGAUCCAAAAACGAUUUUUAAUUUGCCAAAAAGAACAAAAAAAUUUUGUUCACUCACGGAGGGGGGUUAAUUUUUUUUUUUUAAAAAAAAUUUAUAUAUAAAUUUUAUAAAAAAUAUUUUUUUUCGAAAUUUAAAAAAAUCCUAAUUUGCAAAAAUUGGGAAGCAAAUAUUAAUUUAAUUUGCAAAAUUUAUGUUUUAAAAACGCAAUUUGUUUAAAAUUAAACAGAAUUAGCUCUAGAUUUCAUUAUACUAAUUAUCACUUAUAUAUCAAAAUUUUUUUUCCAUUAAAAUUUUUUCUAUUAAAAAAAUUUUUGUUCGCUCACGGAGGGUGGGUUUUUGGUCAAAAAAUGGUGAUUUUUCUAAUGGUUUUGUUCGCUCACGGAGGGGGGGGGGGGAGUAAUACACUUUACAUGCUGCUUUGAAGAGUAUGUGAUGCAGAAUAUCAUUAAUUCGUGCAUAGGGAAGUUCAAAAAUAUUUGAAAGGAGAUAAAAACAAUUGAUGAAAUGAGAGAAGCUCAUGCUUCAUUUCUAACCAAAAUCCUUGAUCGAUGCUUAUUGCUACCAAAAGCUGCACCAAUUAAUGAUGCAGUCUCAGCUAUUUUUGGACUGUGCAUAAAAUUCAACUAUUUGGUUCACAGAAUGAGCGGACUGGACACUGAACUUGAAAGUUAUGACGAUGAGAUAAGUGAGUGCUAUAGGAUAUUAAAUGACAUACAAGAAUCUUUUAAAUCUGCCGUUAAUGUGCUGGUAAAAAUCCUGUCAAGAUAUGCUCAAAGAGGAGUCAAUUAUCAAUGUAACCUCUAUUUAGAUUUGGGAGCUUAUUACUCGAUGAACUUUAAUCGGUAUUAUCUAGAUGAUUAA